GUUUCCACGCUGCGGCUCCAGCAGAGUCACCUUGCUUCAGCCGCUGCUGCACCGGGGAGCGACCAGGGAACCGUCCGGCCCAGAGGCACACAAUCAGGCACUGGGAGCGGGAAUCUGAGCGGGACUCUGCGGCCACCGACCGAAGCGGGUCGACAUGGCGGACACUAAGCCGAAGACCUCACCGAAGGCCAUCAAGUUCCUGUUCGGAGGUCUGGCCGGCAUGGGAGCCACGGUGUUCGUCCAGCCUCUGGACCUGGUGAAGAACCGCAUGCAGCUCAGCGGUCAGGGAACCAAGGCCCGCGAGUACAAGACCAGCUUCCACGCCCUGUUCUCCAUCCUGAAGAACGAAGGAGUGGGAGGCAUCUACACCGGCCUGUCUGCAGGUCUGCUACGUCAGGCCACCUACACCACCACCCGCCUGGGCAUCUACACCAUCCUGUUUGAGAAGAUGACCAGCGCCGAUGGACGCCCUCCCAACUUCCUGCUCAAGGUCCGUCCUAACAGAACCCUUCAGAACCCAGCAGGCCCGGUUCUACAGAGCUAUAUCGACGUGUUGAUGCGGGUGGUGGGCAGGGAGGGCUUCUUCUCGCUGUGGAAGGGCUUCACGCCGUACUACGCCCGCCUGGGGCCGCACACCGUGCUCACCUUCAUCUUCCUGGAGCAGAUGAACCGCCUCUACAAGACCUACGUCCUGGACCGCUAGGAGGACGGCGGCGGCGCCGGAGCUACCGGACUGGAGGUCCUGAUGAUGAUGAUGAUGAUGAUUAGAGACUGGAGGUUCUGGAGGGAGGAGAGCUGGACCUGCAUCUACACACUCCCCCCUCCCCCACACACACACACUCUGAUGGUAGAGUUCUCUAUGGAUGGACCCCCCCUCCAUCCACCAAGCUGAUAUCCUCCCCAUCCAUGGUUGCCAUGGUUACCCAGCGAUCAAUAAAUGUUUCUAUCCUCA